AUGACGGAAAUCUUUGGGGAGAACGAUCUUGCUGCCAAUGCUGCUGCUGCUGCUGCUGACAAGUCGACCCCCCCAUCAGAACAUAAGGACCCCUCCAGGAUAGAGGUGGUCUCUGUAGCAGAAGAGGAUCUCCCCAUUGUCGAGACCCCCAGCACAGUGAAUGUGAGCCCCCUGGUCAGCUUCACUGCUGUCUCCUUGUCAGAGAAUAAUUCAGCCAAACCUGAAGAGCCCCAGUCUCCAGCUGCACCCAGUUCAACCAUGCCAAUCACCAAGGUGCAGCCAUUUAUUCAAGAUGAUGACAUGCAAGAAAGCUGGAAGAACAGACUCUUGGCCUAUCGUUUUGAGCUACUAAUUGCUUCAUGCCUCAUCUUGGUGGUCGCUCUCGCUCUCAGCAUUGGCCUAGGAGUGGGUCUGAGCUGUGUGGGAAGGUUUCGUUGUGGCUCAUCAUCUCAGUGCAUCAGCUCCUCGGCUCAGUGUGAUGGAGAGGUGGACUGUGACAAUGGAGAGGAUGAGCUCGGCUGUGUGCGUUUAAGUGGGAAGAGCUCUGUGUUGCAGGUCCAGAAAGGGGGUUUAUGGAGGACAGUCUGCUCAGAGGAAUGGAACAACUGGCUGGGUGUCUCUGCCUGCAAGCAGCUGGGAUACACAAGGUAUGUGGAGUCGUUCUUCGUUUCUCUAACAUCUAUUGAGCAAGAACUUCAGCACAACCUGGUGUCCAUCAGCCUGAAUAAGUCACGGAUCAUCAAACUCCAGAACCCCACAACCCUCAGUAAGACUCAGUGCAGCUCAGGGAGGGUGACAACUCUGAAAUGUCUGGAAUGCGGCUCCAGGCCUCAGUACAACACUCGUAUUGUUGGAGGGAACAUCUCAAAACCGGGUCAGUUCCCCUGGCAAGUCAGCCUCCACUACAGCAGUGAACACCUGUGUGGAGGCUCCAUCAUAACGUCACGCUGGAUCCUCACUGCGGCACAUUGUGUGUAUGGGUUUGCAGAUCCAUCCAUGUGGGUCGUCCAUGUGGGGCUGACGGAGCAACUAGUCCACGGGGCACAGUCUCUGGCUGUAGAGCAGAUCAUCUAUCAUGCCCGCUAUAGGCCCAAAGGACUGGAUUUCGACAUUGCACUGAUGAAACUCACCAUGCCACUUGUUUUUAACGGCUUUGUGGAGCCCAUCUGCCUGCCUAACCAUGGGGAGGAUUUUGUGGAGGGCACCAUGUGCUGGAUAUCUGGAUGGGGAGCAACUGAGGGUGAUGGAGAAACCAGUGUGUUUCUGCGCUCGGCCAUGAUUCCGCUUCUCUCGACUAAAACCUGCAACCAGCCAGAAGUUUACCAUGGCUUCAUCUCCUCAGGGAUGAUCUGUGCCGGGUACCUGGAAGGAGGAAUUGACUCAUGUCAGGGGGACAGCGGAGGUCCUCUAGCCUGUGAGGACUCAUCUGUAUGGAAGCUGGUGGGAGCAACCAGCUGGGGCAUUGGCUGCGCUAUGAGGAACAAGCCAGGUGUUUACACACGCAUAACACAGUCACUCAGCUGGAUCCGCCAACAGAUGGAGAGAGAAGAGGCCCACAUUUCUCCAACUCUGAGUACAGACAACUAAAUCCACUGUACUUACAUAUCUGGAUUCUGUUUGGACAGUAUCACAGUUAACAAAUACACCCUAACUGUACCACAGCAGAAUGACAGAGCAUGUGAACCAUUACAUUCCUGUUUGGGGACAAAUCUGAUGGAGCCAGAGACAAGAUACAGUGCAAAGCAGAGUUAGGCAUAAUUUAUUCCAAAAUAGAAAGCUCUAAGGCAAAACCGACAUGAAAAGUUAACAGAGCGUCAUAAAAAGCAAGAUGGACGCAAGGUAGGGACCAAGAGCUCAGCAAGGGCCUCUGCAACCUCAGGCCACAUGAACUUAACCAAUCAAGUCUCAACUUUGAAAGAGGGAUAUAAACUAGGUAACUGCAACUAUUGACAGACAACUGUUGUACAGUACAAUAUUACAAAUAUUUAGACAAGAGGCACCCCAAUUUGUGCUGUAAAAAAACUGAUAAGGACAUUUCAAAUGUUAAACUACUUGUGUCUGUAGUAACAGGGGAACCAACAGAGGCUGCAGCACUUAGUCCUUCAGGCUGGCAAUGAGCAGAGUUCAACUUUCCACAUGCUCUCUCACUGCAGUAGCAUGUAGGUAUCCAUAAAUAAAAGUUUAAGGCGUGCAAAAAGUUCACUGCUUCUUGAUGAUGGAGUUCAUAUCUCACUGUGGAGAUUACCCUCCAAUGUGUUUCCAUC